AUGAGUACUUCUGAUGAGCAAAAAAGACCUCAUGUCCCGAGAUUUGGAGAUUGGAACAACAAGGGAGACGAUGCACCAUACACCGCUGCUUUCGACAAGGCCCGAAAAAGUAAAUUGAAAGAUGGAGUGAAGAUACUAAACCCCAACGAUCAUCAGGAGAAUCCAGAAGCUUGCACCAUCGUAGAGAAAGAGAGAGUGAAAGAUGAGUUGGUGAUGAAGAUGAAACUCCCUAUUGUUGCUGAAGAGAAUCGAAAGUGCUCAUCGGAAUCUGAAACCAUUGCGCUACGACCGUCACAUAGUCGUCGUUUGAGUCACCACCGUCGCAAGAGUGAUGAAUCAGAGCUAUCUGUGUGUAGUGAAAAGCCAAUACCAAAAUUUGGGGAUUGGGAUGAGAGCGACCUAAAAUCAGGCGAAGAUUUUACAUACAAAUUCAACAAACUGAAAGAAGAAAAGAAGAAUAUAUCUGAAAUGUUCUCAGCUGCUUUGUCUUCAGGAUCAAACAAUGGUGUUAAUGCCAGAAAUCAUGAAAAAUCUUUUUCCAUAUCAAAGAUUUGCUGCUUUCAUAUAUUUCCAAGAGGAAGGGCAUAA